AUGAGGACUCAAACUACAAUUUCUCAAGGGGAACUCGGAGGACUGUGUUUCUUCAGAGACCCAUGCACAAUUGCCAAGUCACUAGCCGUGAGAAAAGCAUGGGAGAAACCAGUCUUUAUGGGAGAUAGAGAGCUAGGAAAAGCUCGAGUGGCUGUCUCCAGUGACUAUGAGGUGUGGAGAAAAAGAAGAGGGAUGUCUCAACCAUCCACCUCACUCCUUACAAGCGCCAAUAGUGAAGAGUUGCAAGCUCAAGUCGAUGCCUUGACCCAGAGGAUAGAAAUCAUGGGAGCCCAGAUGAGGGCCCUUGAGGAAAGAGAACAAGAAUCUAUCCUCACCAUUGAUGAGCGCCUCAAGGAUCAAUGUGCUGACUCUAAUGAGCAAGCUAUCCGAGCAUCCAAGGCUGCUAGAACCAGCUCGGAUAGCCAACUUCAAGAAAUAACCGCCAAAUCAACACGCCUUGAAGCCGAAUUAGAAAAUAGGCUCAGACGAUCAAGGACUUGUUGCAAGACCUCACCAAGACUCGGUCAGAAAUACACCAAGAGCGAGAGGCCAAUCGGAGACUCAACAAAAAACCGAGCCCUUGCAAAACUCGAUGAACUACAAGCCUUGGUCGUCCAUCAAGAGACGAAGAUCAAAGAGGCUCAAAAGUACAGUGAAGAUAUGAGCCAGGCGGUCCAAAAGCAAAGCGAAGUACUCGCUCGUCACGUCCGGAAAGCCGAGAGGGAAUUACAUAGAGAUUAA